AACAUUGGUGGCGUGAUGUGUUUAAAGUCUUGUUUCGAAUUUUCGACAACAUGAAACUACCAGACAGACAGAUAGAUUGGCAGGAGAAAUCAGAAUGGAUGACAACAACUUGUAAUCACGCUCAAUCUGCUAUCAUCGAUGUUUUUACUCAGUAUUUUGAUAUUCUUGCUGAAAUUUUUCUUGAUGAUAUGUAUGGCCAUCUAGAGUGGUGUGUCAAACAAGAUAACGAGCAGUUAGCGAGGUCUGGUACCAAUUGUUUGGAAAAUCUCGUCAUAUCCAUUGGCAACACGUUCUCCGAAGACGUCUGGGAAAAGACAUAUCAAUGUGUAAAAACGAUAUUUGAAUCAACCGUACCUCACGAACUAUUGAAAUGGAGACCCGCUGACCAACAAGUAAUAAGUCUACCCACACCUGAUGUCACUCCUGCGUCAUCACCACUCAAGAUAAUCUCACCUGUCGACCUGGAGGAUGAUAUCGUGCCCAAAUAUCCGGAAGACGAGGACGAACAAGAUGGCCAGCAAUCGUCAAAAGGUUUGAAUGAAACGGAGGAGGAAAUGCCUCAAGAAACAGUUGAAGAAACCAAAGAACAAGACAGCAUUAGUUUACAUAGUACGCCUAGUUUACGAUUUGAACCUAUCAAAGAACACGAACCAGUUGUGCAGACGGAGAGGAUGCUGUUCAAUUCAUUGAUCAUUAAGUUUGUCGUUCAAUUGGAACUUAUCCAAAUGAUCGACAAUGUCGUCUUUCCCAAGCAUCAGCAAGCGAGAAGAUGAAGAUACUAUGGCUGAAUUACAGAAACUCAUUGCUUAUGGUCAUAUUGUUGGUGAUACACCAGACUCCAUUGAACCAGAAAGGCGUUUAAUUGACAGAAUUAUCGAGACUAUUUGUAGUUGCUUUACUGGUAUAAUUACUGAUGUAAACGUUCAAAUACAAAUUAUAAAGAUAUUUAUAAAAGUGAUGUCAAACUGAUAAAGUAUUUAAUGAGAGAAAUGAUGUAUCCUUGAGGAAUUUAACGAGGGUAACGACAUAUGUUUUUUACAUUUUUAGUUUAAUUUUUUAUUAUUUUUAAUAUUACGUCACCUACACCAGAUAUAACAUAAAGUUCACAAAAAAUAUUCUCGUACUAUAUUGAACUUGCAGGAACGAUGUCUGUUUAAAGGGAAAGAGCUAUUUGUUUUAUAAAUAAAAGAAGAAAUAUGCUAGGAAGACAAUUUGAUCUUUUAUAAAAACAGGACAUUAAUUUACUUUUCAAAGCCUUUAUCAAACUUUCUAUUUUAUGAAGUUAUUAUAAAUUACUUACAAAAAUCAUCACAGAAAA